AUGAAGCAAAGAAUCACAAGCUUGGUUUGUGGCCUGCUCGGGCUGCUGUUGUUAUGCGACACCGUGGCAGCGUACGAUGUUAGGGCCGGAUUUGGCGUAAACCGUCGCAAAGGCAUGGUCAAGAGACGUGUGAAGGGAUCUACCAGCAAUGUAGAGCGAAGUUUCAUCGGGAAUGUCCCUUAUGGCGAGGUCAUAACUCAGUGCAAGAAGUCCAAGGUCGUAGCCCUGACGUUUGAUGACGGACCCAGCAUCUACACCGAGCAGGUGCUGAACCUGCUGAAGCAGCACAACGCCAAGGCGACCUUCUUCCUCACGGCCAACAACGGCCAGUGGCCCAUGGAGAGCGAACCUUGGAGCGGCCUGGUCCGGCGCAUGAUGGCCGAGGGCCACCAGAUCGCGCACCACUCGUGGUCGCACCAGGACAUGUCUGUGCUCGACGCCGACACCCGCAAGGACGAGAUCGUGCGGGCCGAGGAGGCCUUUGCCAACGUGCUGGGCGGGCGGUUCCCGACGUACUUUCGCCCGCCGUACGGCAGCUGCAACGCCGACUGCCUGGCGCAGGCGCGGCGGCUCGGCUACCACGUCGUCACGUGGGACGUCGACUCGGACGACUGGCGCUACCAGACCGAGAUUGAGCGCUCCGAGCGCCAAGUCGAGGACGGCGUGGCCGCCGGCGGCAGCAUCGUGCUGGCCCACGACAUUCACUACAACAGCUCCACGCGGCUCACACAGUUCAUGCUCGAGCUUCUCGCCAGGAAGGGCCUGAGGGCCGUGACCGUCGGCGAAUGCCUAGAGGACCCUGCCGAGUUUUGGUACCGUGAGGCCAGUGCGUCCAGCGGUAGCGGCAGCAGUGCCGCCACUGCGCCGAGCAAACCGAAGCCGAAACCGAAGCCGGGCGCCACUUCAAAGCUCAAGGCGUCGACCGACGGACGCUGCGGUGGAGAUGUCACAUGCAGCGAUAAGCAUUGGGGAUCGUGUUGUUCGCGGUACGGAUGGUGUGGAAGCACAGCAGACCACUGCAAUGCGGGAUGCCAGUCUCAGUUUGGUCAGUGCACAUAG